AUGGAAGCUUGGCGGACGUUAUGUGCAUUGUUUUGGAACGAAAAAUUUUGGCUUCCAGAAGGCUUUACGUGGAAACAUUUAGAAAACACAGAUAAUGGAAUAUAUCAUCCACAAGUGCAAGAUCUUAUCUGGUAUUCUAUUCCAAUAGCGGCAGUGCUUUUGGUGCUAAGGCCACUCUUCGAGAGGUACAUAGCUUCUCCUAUUGCUGUACAUUUGGGAGUGAAGGGAAAAGUAAUUGUUCAAGUCCCGAAAAAUCCCAUAUUAGAAAGUGAAUUUAAAAGAAAUAAAAACCCGAGUGAUAAACAAUUACAGGCCAUAGUAAAACAAACAGAUUGGACCAGGCGGCGUGCCAUAGUAAAACAAACAGAUUGGACCAGGCGGCGUGUACAUCGAUGGUUUCGGCUCAGGAGGAAUCUGGGCAGACCCAGUGAUAUUGUAAAAUUCUCGGAAAAUAGCUGGAGGUUUUGUUUCUACCUAUCAGCCUUUGUGUACGGUAUCACCAUAUUAUGGGAUAAACCAUGGUUUUGGGAGAUACGGAAUUGCUGGAUAGGCUAUCCAGACCAGCAUGUGUCAGAUGAUGUAUUCUGGUACUAUAUGUUAGAGUUAGCCUUCUACUGGUCUCUCUCCGCCUCACACUUUGUUGACAUCAAAAGAAAGGAUUUCUGGGAGACGUUCCUGCACCACAUUGUGACCAUCUUCCUGAUAUCUAUGUCUUGGUCCGGUAACUAUGUCAGGAUAGGAACACUGAUGUUAGCUGUCCAUAAUGCUGCUGACGUUUGGCUAGAUGCAGCAAAGAUGGCAAAAUAUGCAGGUCGGCAGAAGCUGUGUGAUUUCUUGUUUGUAGGGUUUGCUCUGGUCUGGCUCAUCACUAGACUGAUCAUAUUUCCCACUAGGAUAAUCCAUACUUUUUUAUUUGAGAGUACAGUAAUAAUGGGUUGGUACCCCUCCAUGCAGGUGUUUAUCGCUGCAGUGGUAGUGCUCCAGCUCCUCCACUUCUACUGGUCUUAUCUGAUCAGUAGAGUCAUCUACAACUCGCUUGCCUUGGGAAAGGUAGAGAAAGAUGAACGCAGUGAGAGCGAGGAGCAGAGUUCUGAAGAACCUGAUGUCCUAGGUGGCGCUGGUGAUGUCAUUGAUGAUCAUAUCAACCACAACAUGAACGAGAAGAAGUAA